CCUACUCACUACCUCUUCUACACUUCAACCUACACAACCACCACCUCACAUCUACACCAACAACACAAUCACAAACCCACAAUGUCCACCCCAACCACCACAAAAGUAGCAGCCCUCCUCACAAUCCUCACCUCCAUCGGGGGCAUAACCGGGUACCUACGCGCGCGCUCCCUCCCCUCCCUCAUCGCCGGAUUAUCCGUCUCCUUCCUGUACCUCCUCUCGUACCUCCGACUACGCGCGAACCAGCCCUACGGGGCAGAAAUUGGUCUUCUGGCCUCGAUUAUCCUCGGCGGUGCGUCGAUCCCUAGGGCGAUUAAGACGGGGAAGGGGGUGCCGAUGGGGUUGGGGGUUGUGGCGGUGCUUGGGGGGGUGGUUUUUGGGAAUGCACUUCUUUCUCAGUAA